AUGAGGUGAAGCCCAGAGAAGCGGAAGCCCACCGAGACUUCAAAGCUUGAUGCUUUCCCCUCAAGUAUUAGCUAGUUGGCUAGCAUUUUGGCCAUGUGGCUGGCUAGUGGUAUUGGAUAUGUUCGACGGGCCCUGGCUUCGGGCUUGUUUGUGGGCUAGUCAAAACAGGGUUUUACGUAACGUAUGCAAGAUUAAGGAGUCACUGUCGAUAGCAAGGUUAAGAAAUUGCUAUCGAGCAGGGGUGGACUUGACAGCCUCAAGUGUUAUUCCUUUGUAAAUACUGUUAUUUGUAUAUACUGUAAAUGAUGACGUCCAUGGGCGGGAACCGAGCCCGGGGCAGCUGGGAGCAGACACAGGGCCAGACACAGAGCCAGACACAGCACAAGCAGAGGCCUCAGGCCACCGCAGAGCAGAUCCGACUCGCGCAGAUGAUUUCAGACCACAAUGAUGCAGACUUUGAAGAGAAGGUUAAACAGCUGAUCGACAUCACAGGCAAGGACCAGGACGAGUCCAUGAUCGCGCUGCAUGAUUGCAAUGGGGAUGUCAACAGAGCCAUUAACGUGUUGCUGGAGGGUAGCCCAGACACUGACUCCUGGGAGAUGGUGGGGAAGAAGAAAGGAGUGUCGGGUCAGAAGGAGACCAGCCAGGCAGAAACCGGAGAGGAGGGAAAAGAGAACAGAGAGAAAGGAGGAGAGAAAGAUGCAGCACGUCGCCGAGGUGGAGCUCCACGCAAGGGCCGCGGAGCCAGCAGGGGCAGAGAGUUUCGUGGUCAGGAGAACGGCUUGGAUGGAGGCAAAGCUGGGGUAGCUGGAAGAGGGGCAGAGCGAGGCCGAAGGGGAAGAGGCAGAGGAAGGGGAACUGUCGGAGUAUCUGGACGGCGAGGAGGCAGAUUUUCGGCACAGGGCAUGGGCCAGAUUGAUAAGGGGCCCAGAUAUGAUAUUGCAGGAGGUGAGAGAACGUUCAACCCUGCUGACUACGCGGAGCCAGCCCAGACAGAAGAGAACUACGGAGGAGGCAGUACCUGGAACAACACAGGAAGCGUGGAGAUAGAGGAGGGAGCUAGGUUGGAGUACUCUGCAGGAGAGGGAACAAAUUAUCCACCCAAGUUCGACUCUGCUCCUGGUGCCUGGAGGUCUGCCACAGAGGAGUGGGGCACCGAGGACUGGAAUGAGGAUCUUUCAGAGACCAAGAUAUUCACAGCUUCCAGUGUGGCAUCGAUGCCUCUGCCUCAGGAGAAUGUUACCAUCACCAAAGGACAGAGGAUCGACCUUGCGGUGCUCCUGGGGAAAACUCCCCCAUCUUCCUCCUCAGAGACAGAAAACGCCCCGAUGGAGGCCACCCAGCCCCCUUCUUUGUCCCAAUCACUGGUUUUCAGCAACUCCAAGCAAGGGGUGCCACUCUCCCAAACAUCCUCCAGCACCCCUUACACCCAGCACAGCAUGGUCAGCAUGCUGAGCAAGGGUUUUGGGGAAGUGGGGGACCCUAAAGGAGCUAGCACAGGGACCACUGGCUCCCAGUUCCUGGAGCAGUAUAAAACAGCCCAGGCACUGGCCCAGCUGGCUGCCCAGCACUCCCAGACUGGACCGCCCAACACAGCCCCGUCAUCCUGGGACACCAACGCCACCUCACUGGGACAAUAUGAUAUGAAGACUCAGCCAGAGUCUGCGAUCCAUACGCCCUUUACAAAGCGGCAGCCCUACCAGGCGGCCACCUCAACCUCGUCCAUGUUGGAUGUUUUCCUGCAGGACAAAGGCCUGCCCCCUUCCUCCUCUGUCACUUCGUCUUCUUCCUUACCGCAACAAACAACAUCCUCACCCCAUGUGGGGCCUCCGCCUGCUUCCUCCCUUCCCAAAAUGGCAGCAGUUCCUUCUCUAGGUCAGCAGGUUUCCCCGAGUUCCUCAGACGCCCAGGGUUCAAGUCCACUGCCUUUGCAGCAGCACAAACUCAAACAGCAGAAGAAGAGGACCUCCAUUACAACAAAGAUUCCAGCAAUGGCGGUGGAGAUGCCUGGCUCAACAGACAUCUCAGGCCUCAAUCUUCAGUUUGGAGCGCUGCAGUUUGGGUCAGAACCAGUUCUCCCAGAGUACGAGUCCACUCCUACCACCACCACGCCAGGCAACCAGGUUCAGAACAGUCUCUACACAAGCCCCAGCAGCGAGUCGACUCCGGCUCUCUCCAACAACAGCCAGAUGGACCUGUACGAUCAGAGAGCGCCUCAGACGCGACGCUACCCGCCUUCGGUCUCGUCCUCCCCUCAGAAGGAUAUGCAGCCCAAGAAACCUGUGAGCUCACCUUCAUUGUUGGUUUUACAGAAUGGCUUCAGCUCAAUACAAGCAACGCAAUCUGUGGAAGCUGCAGCAGGCUCUGCAGUAUCAGUGAAGCCGGCCUCUGAUUCGGUCACGCCAGCGUCUGUCUCCAGCAUGGGCACUUUGGCGGACAGCAGCUCGGGGCCUGCCUCCUUGCUGACCACAUCCAAUCAGACGUCCCUUAGCGCUCUGGGGCACAAUGAAGACCUGCCUCCAAGCACCAUCCCCCCUCCUCAACACAAUAACUCCCACCCAUCCCAACAGAACAGCCUUGCCCCAUCAUCAGUUCGAACAUCCAACACAAGCUUACUGCAUCCCAGCGUAGAUGGCGACUCGAGCCUGCACUCGUCAUCCUUCCCUUCUUCUGUCUCGGCCGUGCCGUCUUCAUCGGUCCCUUCUUCCUCUUCCUCUGUGGCCGCCGCGCAGGUGUCUCUCGGGGCCCCUCAGGCCUCCUCGGUGGGCUCCGCCACGGUUUCAGCUCCCUCUGGCCUCGGCCCCGUCAGCAGUCUGGCCAUGGGCCUCAACACUGCCUCCAUGGGCGCCCCAGCUGCAGCAGCCGCCACCGUUUCGGUUUCCACGACGGCGUCGACCAUUCCCUCUUCAGCAACUUCCUCAUCCACACGCAGCUCUGCAGCAUCCUCAGGGAAAGCACCUCCAAACCUGCCACCUGGAGUGCCCCCUCUACUGCCCAACCCAUACAUCAUGGCCCCUGGACUACUGCAUGCCUACCCUCCUCAGGUGUACGGCUACGAUGACCUACAGAUGCUGCAGACGAGAAUACCCCUGGAUUAUUACAGCAUCCCUUUUGCAACUCCCACAACAGCACUGACUGGCAGAGAGGGCAGCCUGACGAGCAACCCUUACUCUGGCGACUUGUCGAAGUUCGGUCGAGGCGACGCGUCAUCCCCAGCUCCAGCCACCACGUUAGCUCAGACGCAACAGAACCAGACCCAGACGCAUCACACCACGCAGCAGCCCUUCCUCAACCCCGCGCUGCCGCCUGGCUACAGCUACACGAGCCUCCCAUACUACACUGGCAUGCCGGGCCUGCCCAAUACCUUCCAGUACGGACCUGCUGUGUUUCCGGUGGCUCCUACCUCGUCAAAGCAGCACGGUGUGAAUGUCGGCGUCAACGCAUCAGCCACCCCCUUCCAGCAGGCUAGUGGCUACGGUUCCCAUGGAUACAGCACUGGCUAUGAGGAUGUGGGCCAGGCUUCAGGGAGUGGGGAUUUCUGUAAGGGCGGAUACGGCACUGCCGUGGCCGCUGCCGCUUCUGCACAAAACAAGCCAGCCAGCUCUGUCACCGGGCCUGGAGUCGGAGUCUCUGUGACGUCAAGCAACACGGGAGUACCAGAUAUUUCAGGGUCUGUUUACACAAAGACGCAGUCGUUUGAGAAGCAGGGUUUCCACGCUGGGACGCCGGCCGCUUCCUUCAGCCUGCCCUCGGCGCUGGGCAGCGGGGGGCCCAUCAACCCCCCGGCGGCCGCCGGCUACGCUCCAGCCCCCUUCAUGCACAUCCUGGCACCGCACCAACAGCCCCACUCGCAGAUUCUGCAUCACCACCUGCAGCAAGAUGGACAGAGCGGCACUGGACAGCGCAGCCAGAACGCCUCCAUUCAGCAGAAGUCUCAGAUCAACAAGUCGGCGUACAACAGCUACAACUGGGGGGCGAACUAACACCCACCGCCGGGCCCCCCUCCCUCCCUCCCUCCCUCCCUCCCCUCCGUCAGCGGCGUCGGCGAGCUGGGAGGGGGCUCAGCGCUCCCUCCGCCAAAACGGUCUCCACGUAUAAACUCCCUCUUCCUCCUGCAGAGGUUUCCCUCCCCCAGUCUCUGGGCCCAGCACUCCUGCAGCUCCGGCUCCGGUCGGAGGAGGUGCUGUGCCGAGAGAACGAGCACUGUCGUGAUGCAUGGACGGGUGGGAGGGACAGGAGGGGCUCAGCCGUGAGGGGAUGCCGGAGCUAAAUGGUUAUAGAAACCCACCGUCAACAGGUGAAAUAUUGAGUGUUGGGAAUUUGUAUCGUGUUAAUCCCCCCGCCCCGCCCCCCUUUUCUUUCACUUGUAUGUAACAUAGAACUGUUUUCUAAAAGAAUGAACAUUUCCUGUAUGGUCUUCUUCUUUUUCCUUUUUCCUUUUUAUUUUUGUCUUUUUCCCCCUUUUUUUUUUUUUUUUUGUUUUGUUUUGUUCUUGCUGAAGGGGAGGAAUGAAGUAUAUGUGAAGGUGGGGGGGACAGGCUGGUUUUGUAUUUCUCACCCUCUACUGUCCACUCCUAGAGUCGGGUGGACGCUCUUCCCUCCCACACUAAAUAUCCAAACACAAUAAUUUGCCGUUGAAUGUUUUCUUUUUUUUUUUUUUUUAUGUCAUUUUAAGUUUGAAGAAACAAUUCUCUAAAUUGGUAGAGUUGUGAAGUUUAUUUUUUACCAAAUAUAGAUAUAUUAUAUAUAAAGACAUAUAAGCGAGCUCACUGGCUUGGACUGUGAGGAAAAAAAAAAAAGGUGUGUUUGUCAUGUGACUGCGUGCAUGUUUGUACACACGGGGGCCGUGGUUGUGUACUGUGCUUUGUUUUUUCGCCUAGCACAGGAGUUUUUUUUUCAUUAUCCAGCGCUUGUACAGUAUCUGUUCCCAUGAGUUAUGUUGCAUAAGGUCCCACCUGUUUAUUUUGUUUGUUUUUGAAAGAUGUUGAGAAUGAUUUCCAAGGCCAAUACACACCCAAUCUGCCUUCCAGUGUGUUUUAUUUAGUUUCCGAGGCCCCCCCACCUGCUCCCGGCUCCACCACCUGUCCCCUGACAUUGUGAGGAAAUCUGCAGCGUUGAAUCCUGAUGGACAGAAUUGUACUAUGGGUUUUUUUUUUUUUGUUUGUUUGGUUUUUUUUGUCAGUGAUUUAUUUUUUCUUUUUGUACUGUGCGUUUUAAAAAAAAAACAACAAAAAAAAACAACGAUUUAAAUGGAUAAACUUGUCUUGUACAUAUAUAAAAAAACACAAGUACUGUAGUCCCUGUUUGUUCGAUGGCUUUCUCCUUUUCCUUCCUCCGAUCCUUGCAGACUUGUUAGCUUUUUUUUUUUUUGUUUCAUAUAUUUUUUUUAUUUUGUAAAAAUAUAUAAAUAUUAAGUAAAUAAACAAGAAAAAGACAUUUUCAUCAUUUUGGAUGUGAAUGUCUUUUAAGAAACUAUA